AUGCAAAAGCAAGCACGCCACAGGUGGGUUAACUUUGCUCAUGUCGGAAUUCGUCUUCGCCUUCCCCAUUCGUCCUGUCAGUACACAAACGGUUAUGUCGCAUUUGCUCCCCUUUUCGCCACUUAUGCAAGUAUACAGUGCAAUACUCCUGAACAACGCAAACCGCUUAGCAAUCCAACAACUGCAGUACCUUGGAGGUACUGGAAACCACCCAUUCCUAUUCGAAUCAGAUCUUUAGACUUAGUUUACUGUAAAGAAAAAGUGAUGACUUCAAUUCGUCCACCAUAA